AUGAGCUGCGCAGCCCUCUCUCCGCCCCGCGGCAGGGCAAGGAGGGCGAUGCCCAGCCUGCCCCCGCGGCAGGGCAAGGAGGGCGAUGCGCAGCCUGCCCCCGCGGCAGGGCAAGGAGGACGGUGCGCAGCCUGCCCCCCCGGCAGGGCAAGGAGGACGGUGCGCAGCCUGCCCCCCCGGCAGGGCAAGGAGGACGGUGCGCAGCCUGCCCCCGCGGCGGAGCGGCCUCAGGCAGCUCCCGUCCCGGCACCGCCGCCCCGCGGGCCCGCGCCCGAGCCCUACCGCGUACGGAGGGCGCAUGCGCGGAGCCCCGCCCUGCCCCGCCGAAGGGCGCCUGCGCACUGCCCGCCUGACGCCGCUGCCCGCGCGCUGCCCUUAGUGCCGGUGGCGGCUGAGGCCAAGGACGUGGUGAUGUCUGCAUUUGAUAGGCUGUGCCUUACAAACCCACAAGACUGGAGUCACCGGAAGAUUAUGUAAAAAUAAAGGUGC